AUGUCGCGACCAACUACACGGUCCAUUUCCAGCGCGGGCAGUGAGUCGGCGCUAAGCUCAAGAGCGCGCUCAGCUUCGGCACGCGGAGAGCACUUAGCUUCAACCCCAGCGUCUUUCUCUUUGGAUACGAACCACUAUGACACGGCUCUACCCCCGAUGCACUUUCACCAGCCUUCUGUCAUCGCACAUCGUCGGACAGGGAGUACAUUGAAAACGGUGAUGCGUAGGAUCUUCAACCGGAAGAGACAAAGCCAGACCGAUGGAGUGGAGGAAAGUCCAAACGAGAAUUACUAUUCAUUGGCAGCAAGCUCAUCGGGACCUAUCGUGGGCAAGUCAUUCUUGUCGGUGCCCACUCCUUCAGAGUCCAAACGAAGUAGUCCCUUGUCGGAGGAAAACUUGCAACUAGCAGAGACUCACUUGUCUCCGACUAGUCCCACUGGUGGCUCUUUACCCUCGCCGGGGAUGCCCCCGCGCCGACGACGUGCGACCUUGCCCAGUGUGAUCUUCUCUGACGAUGAAUCACGGCAUGCAGUGGCCUCGGCAUUCUCUGAUCCCCAGGAGGAUCGACCGUCUAUCCCGGACCAAGAGCACCGGCGAGGUAUGCUUCAGGCUCGCCGCAGAUCGAGGAGUUUCAGCGCAUUGCAGGACUUGGCCGACGAGCGGCCAAUGUCUCCGCAGGAGCAGCCCACACGCACGGCCUCGGUUCCCAAUUCAGCUGCAGACUCAAAAUCACCCCCUCUGGGAGGAGGAAGUUCUGCCAGCGAGCAAUCCCGCAGGCCAUCGACUGUCACUACAGUCACAAGCGUGACAAGAGCCUCUGUAGCUCCCUCCAUCCCGGAAUCAGACCCGCACGCAGACCAAAUCAGUCUCCCACCCAACGUGAGCAAUCUAGUGCGCACGAUGCAACAAGACGACAGUCUCACCAUCGAGCAACGCCUCAACACAAUCGAAGUCAAAAUGAUCGAUCUCGAAUUCGCAAUCGCCCGAAUGCAAUCCAACUCCGUCACCGAGAGCCCCCAAGACCGAGAACCAUCUUCAUCCCGCCGAAAAGAAGAACCCUUCCCCCAAAUCCGCAGCAAACCAUCAUACCUGAGCUCCUCCCUCGACCACGACGAGACCCCACCCUCGCUAUCAACCUUCCUCACAACCCGCCCAACAAGUACCAGCACCAUCCGUGCCGAUACAAUGAACGCCCUCACCCUCCUCCGCCGCGAGCAAACCGCCCGCCGGAACCUGGAGAGCCAAGUCUCCAGCUUGAAGGAUGAUAUCCGGCAUAUCCAGCGAGCGGCGCUACAUUCAAUGGAAGCCGGUGGAACUAUGUAUCCGAUUCACAGUGUUGAUUCGCAGGAGUUCCUGCGGUUUCGGCGUGCGUUGGAUGGAUCGGACUCUGGGUCACCGGUGCGGGGGCCGAAUGAGAAGGGGAAUGGGGCUUUUGAGAGUGAGUCUGACUAUGAUCCGUUUGGGCCGCCGAAGUGGGAGAGGGAGAGGGGGAGGGAUAGAGAGAAGGAGAGGGAGAUGGAGCUCGGGCAUGGUGGGAGGAGGGUUGUUACUGCUCCGAUGAUUUGA